GGGUGCGGGGAUCCGGGGGAUGCCCCCGGCCGGGCCGCGCCGCCGCGCUCAUGGCCGCGGACGUGUUCAUGUGCUCGCCCCGCCGGCCCCGCAGCCUCCAGCCCGCCGCGCCCGACGACGACGACGACUCGGACACCGACGAGCGUUCGCCGCCGUCGCCGCCGCCGCCGCCUUCUCCGCCUUGGCCGCCGCCCCGCCGGCCCUCCGGCCCCGCCGAGCCGCCCCGCCGCCAGCAGAUCAUCCACAGCGGCCACUUCAUGGUGUCCUCCCCGCACCGCGACCACCCGCCCAAGAAGGGCUACGACUUCGACACCGUCAACAAGCAGACCUGCCAGACCUACAGCUUCGGCAAGACCAGCUCCUGUCACCUGUCCAUCGACGCCUCCCUCACCAAGCUCUUCGAGUGCAUGAGCUUGGCCUACAGUGGAAAGUUGGUUUCACCAAAGUGGAAAAACUUUAAAGGCCUGAAGCUACAAUGGAGAGAUAAGAUCCGGCUCAACAACGCCAUCUGGCGGGCGUGGUAUAUGCAGUACCUGGAGAAGCGGAAGAAUCCCGUGUGCCAUUUUGUGACUCCCCUGGAUGGCUCUGUGGAGGUGGAUGAACAUCGCCGACCAGAGGCCAUCACAACUGAAGGGAAGUACUGGAAACGGCGCAUUGAGAUUGUGAUAAGGGAAUAUCACAAGUGGAGGACUUACUUCAAGAAAAGGCUACAGAAACACAAGGAUGAAGACUUGUCCAGCCUGGUCCGGGAUGAUGACCUUCUUCUCUGGCACAAAAGUGGGGAUGGGCGGGACACUCCAGUGCCCAUGGAAGAGGACCCUCUCCUGGACAUGGAUAUGCUUAUGUCAGAGUUUAGUGACACCCUGUUCUCCACGCUUUCUUCACACCAACCCAUGGCCUGGCCCAACCCGAGGGAGAUUGCGCAUCUGGGGAACGCCGAUAUGAUCCAGCCGGGAUUGAUCCCUCUGCAGCCAAACCUGGACUUCAUGGACACGUUUGAACCUUUCCAGGAUCUCUUUUCUUCCACCCGCUCCAUUUUUGGCUCCAUGCCAGCCGUACCUGCCUCUUCACCUCCACCGGAUCCCGGCGGUCCUCCGACGCAGGUGUCCAUCCUGCCAGCUGAUAGCGGUGCUCUGCCCACUGUGAAUCUCCCCGACAGCCUCAUUGUCUCACCAGGCCCGGCCACCCUGGACCUCACAGGCAGGCGGAGUAACGAGGAGGGGGCCCGGGCCGGGGGCCCUUUUGUCCAGCCUUCGGACUUCAGCAGGCCCGAGCCACCCUUGAGUGGCCCGCAGACUUUCCUGCCAGUCUUUCCGGCUCCUCUUAUCUCCCCAAGUAUCUCCCCAAGUCCCAACCCUGUCCCCCCACCGCCCGUGAUACCGUUAGUGCCAUCUCCUGGGGCCAGCCUGAGCCCCGCCACGCCACCGACCUUCCAGCUCCCACAGAAGUUUGGUGUUGGCAAGUCGUCCUCAGUCAUCACCCACACAGCCUCAGCCGCGCUCACCCACGAUGUCCCGGCCGCCCCCUUGAGCCAGAGCCAGGGCCUUGUGCUCACCGCCAGGCAGCUGCCCUCAGCAGGGGCACCCUGUAGCCUGGCACUGCCUUCUGCCAUUGGGGCGACCACUUUGGGGCCAUCCCAGCCCCGCUUGACUUUUGUGCACCCCAAAACUGUGCCCCUGGCCGGAGUGAGAACCAAGCAAACCCCCAAAAGAGUGCCUGCUCCCAAACCGGAGACUGUGUCCUUGGUGUUAAAGAACACCUACAUUGCCCCAGUACAACCCAGAGCAGUGAUCGUGACCCCAGGCCCACUGAAGAGAGAAGGGAUGCUGACCCCGACCAUGUCCCAGCCAAACGUGGUCAUCGCCUCAGGUGGCUUUGCCAGGGCUCCCUGUGUCCCUGAAUUCCACAGCACCAUCCUGGUUGACCAAGCCCCACAUGCUGCCGGCAGCCAGACAGCUACAGUGCCCCAGCUCUUCUCUCCUGGCACCAUGCAGGAUCCCCUGAUCAAGGGCGAGCAGAUCCCAAAGCCCGGGGGCAGUCCCCAGGUGACCUCUCCAGCUUCCAGCCGAGACUGUCAAAGCUCUCGGCAGGGCUCUCCGUGUGCAUCCGAGCAGAGUCCCAGCCCUCAGUCUCCCCAGAACAAUUGCUCAGGAAAAUCCACCACGGACCCACACGUGGCUGUGUUCAAGAAUCGGAAGAUGAAACACAUUUCUGCAGAACAGAAGAGGCGGUUCAACAUCAAGAUUGCUUUCAGCACUUUGAACAGUUUGGUCUCUAGCAAUUCCAAAUCGACCAGCCACGUCAUCACCAAUGCCAUCACGUUGCAGAAGACUGUUGAGUACAUCGCCAAACUGCAGCAGGAGAGGAGUCAGAUGCAAGAGGAAGCCCGGCGACUGCGAGAAGAGGUUGAGGAGCUCAACUCCACCAUAAUUGCCUGCCAGCAGCAGCUUCCUGCUACUGGGGUCCCUGUCGCUCGGCAUCGGUUUGACCACAUGCGGGAUAUGUUUGACGAAUAUGUGAAAAGCCGGACCCUGCAAAAUUGGAAGUUCUGGAUCUUCAGCAUCAUCAUCAAGCCACUGUUUGAGUCAUUCAACGGGAUGGUGUCCACCACCAGCUUGGGUGAAUUACAUCAGACGGUCCUGUCUUGGGUGGACCAGCACUGUUCCCUCCCCAUCCUCAGGCCAAUGGUGCUGAACACUCUCCUCCAACUGAACACGAUGACCUCUAUCCUGACAGACCCAUCUCGUUUGCCAGAGCAAGCGUCAGAGGCCGUCACCGGGAUCAGCAAGAGGAUGGGGGAGUCCUAGAGAUCCAAAGCCAGAGCCCAGCCCAACUGAGACAGUGUGUCAGAGAGUGAAGAGAAUGGGUAUCGGAGGUGGGUGGGAAGCGAAUGUACUUUUCCGAGGUCUGGCCCCGAGGGGGUAGGGGGCAAGGCUCCCCAGGCUUCUCUCUCAGAGCAGCAAUGGUCCCGUUGCUGUGGGCCUGGGCUUCCCACUGAGACUGGGUGGAUGUUAACCGAAUCACAAAGCUCAGGUUCAGAGCAGAUCUGGGUCCUGCCAACAGCAAUGACCUGUCCGCUGUCGACUUCUUCUCCUGGACGAGGGACCUCCGGUGCUCCUUCCUUUGAGCGUAGGCCGGAGGGAUGCCAACAGUUGAAAGGGAAAACGCCUGUCUAGUCCCAGCCCCUGCCUUGACCUCUGCACCCUCUCCACUCAAGGUUAAUUUCCUCCUAGGCCCGAUGGGAUCUGCAGAACUGAUGAAUCGGUCAGGGGCAAAGAACUCAGUUCCCAAGCUCUUCAGGGAAACGUAGGUCAGUGGACCUCAAGCACCCCUCCUCAUUCUGUUUGCUCUCCUACCAAAUGGUUGCCUCUCUUGCGGGGAGGACACCUCCUGACUCCCCACUUUCCUGAUGUAGCAGUUGGAAGAUCCUUGCCGUCCCCCAACACAACAACGGCAGCUCUGACACAGAUUCUGAAGCUUGUAAAUAGACUGAAACUUGUGGGCAGGAAGGCAGGUGCUGCCUCCAAUUGUCUGCUUUUGUGCCACGUGCCGAUGGGUGGGAGUGCCUUCUUCAGAGAACACCCAGAAUACAUAUGCAAAAACAAUGUACCCGGAUGCACCCAGGACUCAUGCACAAAGAAAUGCAAAGCUGCUCCUCUGACCUGGGAACAGUUUCUCUUCUUUUGGUAAUGUUUAAAUUAGUGGCUUGAACAUCAUCAUGGAUCCAAGGACUACUAAGGGGCAGGGAUUUGAGAGGCAUGACCUCCUUGCCACACACACCCCCCACCCUGCGCCCCUAUCCAUCUGCCAUCUGUCCCAUGGCUGCAGCAGGUCUGGAAGCAGAAGAGGGCACCCUAAAAUUUAAAGGGAUUUGAGUUCAGGGUAAAACCACAGUUCUUAAGCUUAGCAUUGGAAAGGCUGGGCUGAACAAAGCCAAACUGUCCCAGAGGUCAGAGGAUGCUCUCUGCCAUCUCUGGAAGCCUCAAAACAUUGGAGUUCUUGGACCAAAGAAAUAAAUACCAUUGAUUGAUCCAGGCGCCAAUCUGGGAAGUAGGUAGGAGUAGAAAGUGGGGAAAGCAUCUAAGGACCCUGGCAAGCUCUCCGGGGCUCUCUCUGCUCCCAGGAGUGGGAGAACCAUUGUUUAACCUCUCUCUGGGAAGAGAGAGAGGUUUUUAAGCUGCUCUCGUUCAGGGGGCUGGACUCAGAUGUCCCCCUUCACCCUGCAACCCUCUUCCCUUCACCUUGAGUUUGAAAGGCUCCUCCUCUCCAGAGCUCAAAAACCAUCCCAACCUCUGCUUUCCACGUGGGCCAAGAAAGGGAAGGAGGCUGGGAGGGAGGCUCAUUGGGAAGAAUAGGCAGCAGUAGGACCUUGCCAUUUCUCACCACUGCUUCCAGAGCAGAGGGAGGAAGCGCUUGACUUGGCUCAGACUCGGGGAUUCCAGAUCGUAACCGUGAUCGGAGUGGUGGGUAUUUCUGGAGCAGCUGGUGGUUCCUACUUGGUUUCCUUGGCUCAAGGAGACGUGAAGACCAGGUCACCAUUCUGAGGCCUGUGGCCCAGAGUCACGCUAAACUCUACUGCCCAGGGAGAGGAGUAUCAGUGAGGGAAUACUCUCUUUGGAGAACAGAUGGUUGGGGCUGAUUUCAGUGCUCAUUAUGAACUCAGAAGCCCUUUAGAAUUGGGUCUUGGCUUAUUUAGACUUUGCCUUUCCCCUGUGUAGCCUCACAGCAUUGACUUCAAGUGCUCUGUCUGAUCAGUAAGCGCAAAAUGUCUUUGGCACAUGGGCCACUCCUAGAGCUUCCUCUUUCUGAAGCCCAGGUUUACAGCCUUCGGGGCUUACCCAGCAUUUGCUGGCUGGCAGGAGGAGAAUGGGGGUGGUGGAAGAGUCUGAGUCCGAGAAGUCCAGAGUAGGUGUGUCUUCCACAAAGACCCAGACAGUUGGGUCAGAUAGCCUGGGGACCACGUGGCUGAUGAGGUGGAGAUGGGUUUCCUCUGGAGAAAUUGUCUUUGAAGCAGCAGGAGGGCUCUUCCCUGCUGAGCUGCCUUCUCUUGGCUUUUCAGUGUUCUUGCUCUUUUCCCAAACUGAGAGAAAUUUAGCGUCUCAGCAGUCCCGUCCUUUAGAAUUUUGCUUUAGAAAGCAGAGCAUCUGGUUUUAACAUCUCGGCGUCCCCACUUGAGAACCUCAGCCCAUUGAUUCAAAUGCUCAGUCUCUGGGGUUUGAACCCCCGUCAAGAUUCAAAACAAACACCCCAAGUUCUCAGAGUAGUAAAGGGCAAGGGAUUCAGUUCCUGUGGGAAUUGAAAAGCUCUUUACUUCCAUAAACAGACAUAAGCAGAACCACAGGGCUGCUUGGUUUUCAGCAAUGUGAUGUGGCGUGGGUCUAGACGGUGGCCCAUUCCUGAUGAUUUGUGGGCUUUGGAAACCUAGUUAGGUUUUCACUGCAGAUGACAAGGCAAGAGCUCCUCUAAGGAGCUCGUUUAAUUCACCUUAGGACUCCAUAAGACGUGAAGGAAACUUCCUGUUUCAAUGGCCUGCCUGUCCCUUCAUUUGAACUCACCUUUACCCUGCACUAGGCAAAAUAUUUAAUGUGGUAACUAGGCUGUGUUAGGCUUCAUGGAGAGAGCUAGAGAGAGAGAGAGUGUGUGUGUGUGUGUGUAUGUGUGUACUCACAAACAUUCAGCGUAUAAAUAUUUGCAUGUUUUAUUAUUUAUUUAGCCACUACUUAAGUUCAUUUCUGGUGUCCCAGAUCAGCAUGGUAGUAAGGCUGUGAGCCUGGAGUUAUUUUUCCAAAUCCAGUUUCCUGAUCCCGUACUUUCCCCCAUUUGAAGUUUCACCUGGCAGAUCUAACCAAGUGUCAGAUUGGCUGAAACUGGUCUGGUCUAAUCAGCUUCUCUGUGCAGAUCCUGUUAGCAGACUCUUGAUCUUUAAUCUGCUCUAGACAUCAUAGAAGCAGGCACCCUCUUUGGGAAAUAGCCUGAAGUAAGCAUACUAUUUGAUUCUCUCCCGCCUCCUUGGGGCCGGCGUGGGGGCGGUGGGGAGAAGAGUGGUGUUAUAGUGUUGCAUCUUUGAGAGAAAAUCAGUUAGUCUCAUUCCCCUGUCUUAAAAUGGCUGAAAAAUAUUUCUCACCCACUGAAUUUCCUGAGUGAGAAAUCUCUGCCAUCAUCUCCCAUGGUGCUAUCUCGCUCUUUCAAGAAGUGUAAGUCUGUGUCAGGUUUCAGCAGAGCUUCUGCGUAGUCUGACUUUCAAAUCCUCCCCCCCCCACCUCUUGGUUUACAUAACCUGAUUAAUUAGCAUUGCCUCAAUCUUGUGGCAGAUUAGUGGUUUGACUGCUUUUGAAGGCAUGAAGAAAUGCUCGCAGAAAGAAAACAUAGCUGAUGUGAAAGUUAGGGGGCAAGGGAAAGGUUUUAUAUGAAGAAGAGGAAGGAAGGAACACAAAGUCUUCGCAGCAAGCGUUGCUGGGGCACCUUUAAAGAACCCUUCCAAGGGCCAGUGUCAAAGUGAUCAUGUGUUUUUUGUGUGAAGGACUCUUGAGUCUAUCUCUUCUCCACCCACCCUUCAUGCUCCUCCCUUCUGUGCUUCGCCCAUUGGUCCUAGAACUUUAAGGUUUGCAAACCUGUGCUCUCCUCUGUUUGGCGAUGAGGAUGCUUCCAGAGGUUGUAGCAAACACUGUAUUUUCAGUGGUUUCCCCCAAUCUAGUCUCAUUGGGGUAAAGAUAGGGUUAAAUGAGGACCUGGUCCUCCGUCUAACGCUUGUGGUAAUUGCUACCCAGCUCAGUUAGAAUAAUGAAGAGUAGUCAAAGCUCCUGUGUCUGAACUCUAUGUGAAACGCAGUGUGUGGAACAUUGUAGAAAUGUGUUAGGAUUCAGAGAUGCCAUGAUCACCACCUUUGAGAGUGAGAAAGCUUCCAGGCGGCUCAUUUCUCUCUCCCUUCUCUACAGUGCUGUCGUGGUUCUAGCCAGAAUUCUCCUUAAUUUGGCAAUUAAAGAUUGUUAACUAGGUACAGAAACUCAGAUAUGACUUUUGAUCACAGCCCAGUGGGCAAACAUGAGUUUCGCUGCAGGGUAGAUACAAGAGAAGAUCAGAAACCGAUAACAGGACCUCUAGUCCACAUUUGAAGACCUUUUUCAAAAGGAUGUAAGCUCCUGCCUCUAUGAAAAAACUCGCCCGCCCUGAGAAAUUUUUAUCAAGAUCAUAGAGCUUCCUUUGGUGGUUUGGUCAGUGCACACUGGAGCCAAAGAUGUCUUGCCUGAAUCUUCUCCCACUCCAAUAGAGUAAACUGGCAUUGAACGAGUGGGCUUGGACUUCACGACAGUUUCUUCGUUUCUUCGCCAUUAUCUAUGAGCUCCACUUAAAAUGGAAAGGCAGGAGAGCCCAACUAUGAGGUCCCAAAAAGCACCCAAUCUGCCAGCAUUGAAGCGAUGUCCAUUGUAAAAUAGCUUUGCAGAGUAGGACUAUGAAGAGAAUGAAUGACUGCAGCUGUUGAAUGGUGAGUCAAAAUGGGAGUGCCUAAACGAGGAUUCAAUGAAGCACAAUUCAAGCAAUGUGUCUGAAUUGUGGAUUGCCAGGAGACAACAGCGGUGGACGGAUGCUUGGCACGUCAAGAACGGGAUAGUUCUUUCAGAGAAGCCGCUUUGGGAAGGCGGCAGUGGCAAGCCUUGAGAAGGAGAAUCAAAUAUCGCCCUGUGCAUUGCAAGUGGCAGGUGCAGAAGCAUAGCGGAGGAUGUUGUCUCUGUGAGGAAGGCAUUGUCAACAUGUGUUCGCCUUUCGUGCCACACUCUGGCAUAUGGCUAAAAUUUCAAAGUCAGUAGCAUCAUUUUCAAAUGAAAAGGGCAAUUUUGUCAGACUGCUGGGAGCACUGGGUUUUUAAACUACACUGUGUAGCUUGGGUUCCUCAUCAAUUUUCCCAUUGAUGCUGUUGGGCGUCUUCCCUGGAAAGAUUUUAUGGGCUAGAAUUUGAGCUGGAAAUGAUGGAGAAUGCAGCUCUGAGUCCUCCUGGUCCCACCAGUUGGGGAAUGAAUUAACAGUGAUAUAGCCAGUGUUCCCCUCAUCAGUCCUUUCAUUUCUGCUACUUUAUGCCACUGUACUGAGGGUCAUCCCAAAAUUGGCCUUUGCUGACCUUAGCAUCCUCAGCAUCUCCUCAUCGGUCGAUCUGCUGCAUCCAUCGAUGAGAGAGGGAGGCCCAGCUUUUGGUCGAUGAGAGAGGGAGGCCCAGCUCUUGGGUGUCCACAGCUUGAUUCCCUCUCAGGGAAUGGAUUAGCUGUGAGAUGGCAAAAGACCCUUGCCAGUCUCUUCCCUGUAGUCUAGUUCCUAGGCCUACCGUGUUACCACCAAGUUAGAUGCAAAAUGUGAAUGAUUCAUUGCUAAUGGCAUUUAGUGCAAAUAAAUUACACCUCUCUCUCUCUUUGGAGGAAAGUCAAAGAAUUAGUUCCUUGGUAGCUUCUACCUCUCAGCCCCAAGCCCUCAUAAUCUUGUGUGUGUGUGCACGUGUGUGUGAAUGGGAGAGGGAAAAAAAGUGCUACUCUUUUUUAGAAAAAUGCUAUUCCCCAUGAGCUCUUCAGCCAGUCUCAGGUCAAGCCUGGAGUAAGCAUGAAUGAAUAAGGGCCAUUUCCUCCAUCUUGAUAGUUACGAAGGCCAUAGAGACUGCUAAGGUGCUUCUCCCAAAGUUAUUAUGCCCAGGGAAAGUGCUAAAACACCAUUCAGUCUUUUGACAUUCCAAUUAUUUGUGUAUGGUUUUUACAUAAUCCAAAAUCUCCACGCAAUCAGUUGUUUGUUUACUCUUUAUUUGUGGAAUAGCUAGUUACCUUGGUUGCUUGCAAGAUAUCAUUUCUGGCAAAAUAGGUCGAAUGAAGUGUGUUAGGGAGCUUGUAGAGAAGCAUAUUGGGGAAAUAUUUGGGCCUUGUCUCUGGUGAGUGUUAUCAGCCAUGAGGGAGAUUUAGAUGAUAGAAUAGGCUGUUGACCCUUGGAUAAUUUGGAAUGCCGUCUUUCCCAGCUAUCACCAAACAGAAAACUAUUUACUUGCUGGUGUUCAUGAUAAUCUACUUUGGAAAAAAGGGAAAAUCAGAUGUUCAGUGUCUUACCGAUUUUGAUUCAGUUAAUGUUAGUGGCAUUUUAGCUCUGUCGGUCUACCUCCUCUCUGUGAUUAUGUCAUUUUUAUUAAGAUAAUGCAGCAGACUCCAUCAAUGCAAUGUCCCUUUGUCCUCCUCUACACAUUUUUGUUGCUGGCUCCAUGAGUUUAAAACUUUGAUCUGGAAGAUUUGGAGUAAAAUAUUUUACUCUGGGUUUCUUGGGGAGUGAGGGUGGGCUAGACCUUUCCCACAGGUAAGAUAAAAAGAGGCCAAAGUUUGAAGCAUUUCAUUCUAUUUUGUAUCUAGACAUUCAAAAAAGUAUGAACAGCUUAGUGAUAUGGGUCAGGUUUAAUGUUUACAUCAUCCCCAAGCUUUAGGCCUCCCUGAGAUCAGGGGGUCGAAUGUAUCUUUCUUCUCCAGGAAUGUCCUUGGGAGUCUUUUAUCUAAAUCUUUGUAAGCACAAGAACGAAAAACAAAAACCCUCUUGAAGCGCUUACAUGGGGACGCUACAGCAAUCUCACACACUCCCUUCCCCCCACUUUCCUUGUUGAAGUUCCUAGGGGGCAGGCAGGUUAAAUGGAUUCUUCCAAGAAGUGAAUCCAUACUGUGGUGGGCAAAGUGUAGAGAAUAACAUCUCCAGUACUGCAGGCUCCAGGGCCUUCAUGUGGAAGGCUGUUCUGUUCCUCUAUACAUCACCUCCUCGGUUUUGCUGUGCAGAAGUACAUUUCCACCAGCUGUAUACAACACUACAAUGCAUUUUUUUAUAUAUUUGCAGCCAAAACAAUAAAUACUUAUUUUUUGGAAGA